GGACGCUCCUUCUAUCUGCAACUCUGCAUUACUGCGAUGAUUAUGGCUUACGCGAUUUAUAGGGAUUUGGAGAAGACACUGGUUUUUUGAGUUGAACGAGAGCGGAUAACAUCUUGUUUUGAUUUCUGGAAGGAAGGGGAAGAAGAUGUUUGGGGACGGGGGUACCUUCUAUUGGGGACAUGAAGCUCAUGCGCAAGUCGAAGGAAUUAUUGUGGUGUUCGCUUGGAUGUCGAGUCAGGAAAGGCAAUUAAAGUCCUUUGUUGAGCUCUAUUCUUCUCUUGGUUGGAAUUCCCUCAUCUGCCAUUCAGAAUUUCUCAAUCUAUUCUUCCCCGAGAAGGCUACAUCUCUAGCAUUUGGCAUUUUGAAUGAGCUUCUUAAGGAGCUGAAGAUUAGGCCAUCCCCAGUCGUCUUUGCAUCCUUUUCUGGUGGCCCAAAAGCUUGCAUGUACAAGGUCCUCCAGAUAAUCGAGGGGAAGUGUGAAACACAACUUAAACUGGAUGAUUAUCGGUUGGUGAGAGAUUGUGUUUGUGGUCAUAUUUAUGAUUCUAGUCCCGUGGAUUUUACAAGCGAUUUGGGUACUCGAUUUAUUCUUCACCCCACCAUUCUCAAAAUGUCCCGUCCUCCGCGACUGAUAUCAUGGAUGGCAAACAGCAUAGCUUCUGGUCUGGAUUCUCUCUUUCUAAAUCGGUUUGAAUCACAGCGUGCUGAAUACUGGCAGACUCUGUACUCUUCAAUUUCCUUGGGUGGCCCAUAUCUUAUUUUAUGUUCAGAAAAUGAUGAUCUUGCUCCCUAUCAAGUUAUCUGCAAUUUUGCUCAACGGUUGCAAGAACUUGGGGGUGAUGUGAAACUAGUGACAUGGAAUGGCUCCCCUCAUGUAGGUCACUACAAGCAUUAUCCAACUGAUUAUAAGGCUACUGUAAGUGAAUUGCUUGGUAAGGCAGCUUUAGUUUAUUCCCGGAGGAUUCAGCAGCUUGAAGGUGAAAGAAUGGGUAUGGAAGGGACAAAUGAUGGGUUGUCUGAGUCGAUUUACAACCUCCGACAAGCAGGGAAAUGCUCAAACCAGAGCUUACGUAGAGUCGCUCUUGGACCAAGUGACCAUUUCUUCUUACCCAGCUCAGUGGAGUAUCAUGAGGGUAGAGACGUGGGGUCUGUGCAAGAUGAACAGAAGGAAGGGUUGAUCCAUCUGCAAAACCCUCCGACCAUUAAUGCACACGGUGUUCUGGGCCAAAUCCUCUUUGAUGUUUGUGUCCCCAAGAACAUUGAGGGUUGGGACAUAAAGUCACCUGGCGCCUUCAAUGGGCAACCAUUUUCUUCACGCAAGCAUUCAUCCUUCAAUCCCAUCAAAUGCAUACGUCGCUCGAGGUUAUAGGAAACUAAUUAACAUUUAUAGAAGAUCGGCAGAUGCUCCUGGAAAUGGUUAUUGUUGGAGGCACCUAUGAGAUUAUGAGUAAAUCCAGUCCCUACAAACCCAUUGAGGUAAGAGAUGUAAGUGAACAUUUCAGUAGUGUAAUGCUGUUUUGUAGGGUAAUAAGGAUAUUACAAUAGCAUGUGCAUUUCAGAGACUC